UAAAACUAUCAAUGUUGCACUCAUGUCAGUACUACAUGUAAAAGGGAGAGGUAUCCAAUAAUUUUGUUUUAUCGGUGCCGUGUUGGGUGAACAAGAAGGUUCAAAAUGCCAGGAUUUAUAGGUAUUCACCUAGGUGCUGGCAAACAUUCUGAAGCACUGUGGCAAGAAUAUAAGAAGCUGUGUUGUAAAGCAUGUAACAAAGGAUAUUCACUUUUGGCUUCAGGGGCCACAGCUCUGGAAACUGUAACAGAUGUCAUAGCAGUGUUAGAGAACUCCCCUCUAACCAAUGCUGGAUAUGGUUCCAACCUAACAUGGGAUGGACAUGUAGAAUGUGAUGCUAGUGUGAUGGAUGGUUGUACAUUACAUUAUGGGGCAGUUGGGGCUGUGCCUGGUGUGAAGAACCCAGUGAAACUUGCUCACCAUAUCUGUAAAAAGCAGAGCUGUAACGCACUUGCACUGGGGAGAGUUCCACCAAGUUUGUUGGUUGGAAAUGGAGCACGUAAAUGGGCUGAGCAAGCAGAACUAACUACUGUUCAUUCCAGGAGACUUAUAUCAGAUAAAGCAUUAAAACAAUAUCACCAUUAUAAGAAGAAAGUGGAAAGAUACCAGAUACAUACUGAUAAGAUUUUGACACCACUGGAUACAGUAGGAGCUGUUUGUGUGGAUGCAUAUGGUGAUGUGGCUGCGGCUUGUUCUAGUGGAGGACUGGCUCUGAAACAUCCUGGCAGGGUGGGGCAGGCUGCAACAUAUGGAUGUGGAUGUUGGGCAUCCAACGGAACAAGUCACGUACCAUCUGUUGCGACAUGCACAUCUGGUUGUGGGGAGUACCUUGUUCGCACCAUGCUGGCUAGAGAAGCAGCUCUUGAGGUUCAAAAGAACAGUUGUUCUGUAACAGGACUUCACAAAGUAAUGAAAACUAAAUUCAUGGAAUCUCCAUUCCUUCAUGGUGUGGAAGAAAAAAUUGGAGGAUUAAUUCUUCUCAAAUGCUUUCCCAAUGAUGAAACUGGAGAAUUUGUAUGGACACAUUCUUCCAAAACAAUGUGUGUUAGUUACAUGAGUGAUGCAGAAAGAAGACCUACGAUUCGUAUGUCACAUUUGUCAAGUGGAGACACUCCUAGAAGCACUGUAGUAGUGGAGGGAGUAGCAUUCAAGUUACAUCCCUUAGCUGUGAGACCUGAUACUAGUAUAUACUCAUGACAUUGAAUCAUGCUGCGAGAAGCUGUCAUUUCCAGUGGACAUCCUUAUUUUCAGCUACUAUAUCAAGGAUGUUUGUGUGAAUAUGAAGGCCCUGAAUUAACUCAUAUAAUGUGAGCUAUGUGUACAUGUAAAAUUCAUGUUGUUGAGGUGAUUGUUUUAGGAGUGUGGCAGUAAAUGCUGGAGGAUAUAAAAUUGAAAAUGAGGUAAGUGAGGUACCAGUAAAAGGGAACAUAGACCAUAACUUACAAACCUAAAUACGAACAUGAUUUGGGUAUAUUAAUGUUACAAAUUUUUUAAAUAAUACUGCUCCAUAUCCCUCCAUACUGUACUGUGCAUACCCUUCAGAACGAAAAGUUGGGACCCACAGUGCUCAAGCACUUGAAGAACGGGUCGUCAAAAUAUCAAAGUAAAGUUAUAAAAGUAUGACAAAUACUCAAACUAAUCAGGUUAAACAGUAACAUAAUUAUUGCUAAUAUAUCAGUGCAACAACGUUUCAUACUUGAAAACAAUAUUAUUACAAAGAUGGCUGUCUUCUGGGUGUUAGCACUGUUAAUUUUACCAACAUUUCAGAGGAAAAAAGGACCUCUGAAAUGUUAAACUUCUAUUAGACUACACAGCGUUACAACUCAGAAGACAACAUCUUUGUAUUUGCUGCCAUGAAAACCUCAAAUCCUCUUUACAUACCUCAACUAAUUUCCAAAGAAGUAUAUAUUAAAAUUUACAUACUAUAAUUUUACCUGUUAUAUUGUAUGGGAAUGAAACUAAGUCUUGCAUUCCAAGUGGAAUAAUAAAAACUGAAGGUAUUUGGAAACAAGGCACAGAGGAGAAUAUCAGGUUCCACAAAUAUGGAAGAACUGUGAAAAUAAAAGAAUCAAAUGACACUUCAUAGUAUUAUGCAACACCUAGUAUUGAUAUGGAAUAAGAUUGAGAUGAACUGGACAUGAAAAAUGUUGGUACAGAAAACUGAUGAAAACAGUCAUUAAGACGACGUAGCUGAGAUAUGUAGGAUAAUAUUAAAAGGAUUGUGGGAAAUAGAAUGAAAUAAUGUUAAGUGGGUGGUCCAUUGGUCGUUGUGACCAACAUAAGGAUUCCAUAAACGAAACCUUCAGUGCUUAAGAAAAUAUUAAAAAUUUAAGGAAUCCAUUGCAUCAGAGAGUUACAAAUUAAAAAAAUAUUGGAAUCAUGAAUUUCAUUAUCUGGGACUUUUAUUGUAUGAAUGUACUUUGUUUUCACAACUGUGAUGAAAUAAGAAAAUAAUUAUGAGUGAAAAAGUCUGUACUCAAGAAAAUUUGUUUACAAAAAGCAACUGACACAAAAGUGUACAAAUGUUAUAUAAAAAUUUAAAGAAUUUGAA